UCUCUGUUCACCGACUGUGGUACCGAUAAAGUUUUCGAAAUAACUCGGCGCAGCAGCAAUGGCAGCUCCCAUGACUUGGAGGAGGCUGGUGCACUCGGUAUACUCCCCGGCCAUCGCCGGGGUUUUUAGCCGGAUAUCUGACCCGUUCUUCCGCGCCCAGGACAGGAGAGGGUCAGCCAUGUUGCUGCUGGCUCCACUGCUUGCUCAAGCCGAGCCAGCGCCACGCCACGUUUCCAGGCCCACCGGGUCAGCCGGAGCUCAGGGCUCAGACGGCCUCUGCAGCCACUUCCGAUGGAUGGCGGAGCAAGUACCCGCCUUCCGGGUGCCGGGAGCCCACAUCCAGAUCCUGACGUCACCGGACCAAUUUUACCAGGCAGUGAAGGCCCGCAUCAGUAGCGCACGAAGGCGGGUGGUGAUGGCGUCCUUGUAUCUGGGAACGGGACAGCUGGAGCAGGAACUGGUGGACUGCAUGGAGGAAGCGCUCCAAUAUGCAAAAGAAAACCGUCGCUCUCCUGACCUCAAAGUCUCCGUACUACUGGACUACACUCGCGGAUCAAGAGGUCAGAUUAACUCCAGGACCAUGCUGCUGCCUCUGCUGCAGCGCUUCACCUCUCAAAUGCGAGUAUCUUUAUACCACACUCCAGACCUGAGAGGCCUGCUGCGACUCCUGGUGCCGCAGCGCUUCAACGAGACCAUUGGAGUCCAGCACAUCAAAGUUUACCUGUUUGACGACAGCGUCAUCAUCAGCGGGGCCAACCUGAGCGACUCCUACUUCACCAACAGGCAGGACCGCUACGUGCUCCUGGAGAACUGCAGGGAGGUGGCGGACUUCUUCUCCGACCUGGUGGAGGCCGUGGGGGACGUCUCCCUGCAGCUGCAGCCGGACAACUCGGUCACCGUGCAGGACGGCAUGGUGCACCCCUACAAAGGAAACCGGGAGGACUUCUCGGCAGCGGCGAGGAAGCGCAUCAUGGAGGUCAUGAGCUCGGCCCGCGUGAGACAGCAGCAGCAGCGCCUCUCCAGGGAGGAAGAGGCCAGGAACGAGGAAGAGGAGGACACCUGGGUGUUCCCCCUGGUCCAGAUGAAACCUCUGGGCAUCCGGACGGACGAGCAGGUCACACAGCGGCUGCUGACAGACGCCGGCCCGGACUCCACUGUGUUUCUAACAUCGGGUUACUUCAACCUGACCCGGGCCUACAUGCGUCUGGUGCUGGAGACCGGAGCCAGCUACCGCAUCCUGACCGCCUCCCCAGAGGUCAACGGGUUCUUCGGGGCCAAAGGCAUCGCCGGCGCGAUUCCUGCAGCUUACAUCCACAUCGCCAGGCAGUUUUACAACCGAGUGCGUCAGCUGGGCCAGCAGGAGAGGGUCCAUCUGCACGAGUACCACCGGCCGCAGUGGACGUUCCACGCUAAAGGAGCAGGAGACGCUGUACCGGCGCUCCAUGGAGGUUUCCGACUCCACGUUCCAGCAGCCCAAUCGCUACGUCAAGCUGUGGGUCAAGCUGGUCACUCCCCUCAUCAAGAACUUCUUCUGAGAUCCAAAAGAACCACCGCAGGGAGAGCGGGGACAGCGGGUCGGCUCAUUCACCGCCGCCGUGAGGCAAAGUGAGUCAGCGCGGCGUUACGGCGAUGACUUGACACUUUGGUCGUACUUCUGCGAGGCGACCUGGCCGGGGUCAUUAGGAGUAAACGGAGAGGUCGAGCCGCAUUUCUGCCGCCGCUCCAGCUGAAGGACGAGCCGUCAGCUGCAAGGCGAGAGAAAGCCGCUCAGUUUCUGAGAACAGGAAGUGUCUCUCAGGCUGGAAACUGCCGGUAAAUGGGUGGUGUCUUAUCACUACCUGGACAGAGAGAGAGAGAAAAAUCUGAGUCAUCAGCUGCCAGAAGGAAACAGUUUAAAAUAGAUCAUCUUUCUGCCCUGAAGCGUAACAAAUACGCACACACUGAAUGCCUGUAAGGAGUGGAUUUAGUUCUGGAAAACUGCAGAAGCUUUGAUUCGUGUCACAGGAUCAGUGUAAAACUUUGUUAUACGAAUCCUGACAGAUGAGAACAUAUCAGAGGAAAUAAAUCCUCUGAUAUUUCCUCUAUUACUGAAUAAUAGCUGUGUUAUAAAGUAGCUGUAAAAUGGAAGGUUUCUGACCUGAGUUAAGUAAGGUUGCAUAAGAGCGUACUCUCUAACGACUGGGAGGGUUUUUCCUGACAGUUCCUCAGGCGGAUCUUGCAGCAGAUUCAUGGUCUGCAGAAAGAUUCAAAACCAUUCAGUGUGUCCAAACGUAUCAGGAGUUAUGCAUCAUAGGCCCGUCACCCUAACCAAUUCUCAGUCCCAGAAAUUAUUGCGAUAAACGAUAAUAUUGUUGUUUUGAGACCUUUUUCUAGUAAUGCAUUGAUAUUGACAUAAUAAUGACAGUUUGUCGUCUGAACAAGAUAUUCAAAGAAUCCAAAAUAAAACACAAAAACGAUAAAAUUAAACGUAAAUAAAAACCAGUUAAAACCGAAACCAUGAAUAAAAUUAAUUAUAUAAUCUCUGUAAUCCAAAUUUCUUCUCAAAAAAACAUUGAUCAUCAGAAUGGAAAUUAUCGAGCUCAUUUUAAUUGAUCGUGUGAUUAUCUGCUUAUUGCAACUCAACAUUAAUCAAUAACUGGGACUUCCCCUUUAGUUUUUGGUGUCGUUUCACAAAGAGCAACUUUCUUAAUCUUGCUCAAUUGUACAAAGAAAACAUAAAAAAUCUCCCUAAUCCAUGUCGGUAAAUGCAAUCUGAGGAAACAAAGUGUGAGCUAAGGUACCCACAGUGAAGCAUGGCGGUGGCAGCAUCAUGCUUUGAUGUCGGUUUUCUAUAGCUGAAAAUGGAGCGAAUUAUGAAAUUUUCUGUCAGUUUUAGUUUAAAUGUGUUUUAAGCAACAGAAGUAUUUUACUUUUAAGUUUUUUCCCCCUAAAAUAAAAGUUCUGAAAUCAUUUAGUCAUGUCUGUUUUCGCAUGGAAAAACAAAAACGGGUGUAAAUAAUUUUAUAUCCAUUGCAAAUGUGGAAAAAGAUUGAAGAAAAUUAAAACGACCUCACUAAUCUUUACAACUUUCCGAAACAGUCGGUCCGUUUGGGUGCAGCCCGGUCUUAAAUGUGUUGCUGUGGAGGACAAACCAAAAAUAGUUUUUAAAUAAACGUCAUAAAACCGAAUCAAGUCAUACAUUUCGCUGAUAUAAUUAAACCAAACCAAUCGAGAGUCAUUAAGUCUCUCCAGAGCGACCAGCUUUUAUUUACUGAGGCUGUUUCAUGUGAAGACCUAAAAGUUUGGGAGUUGUGGGAUUCGUCCAGCCGCUGAUAAAUAGUUUUUUGUAAGUUAACGUGAUUUGUGUGCGAAUCGGAGUGUUUCUGAAUUGCAUUAUGGGCUCCUGUCUGCAGCUUCAUUUAAUAUCUGCAGGUAAUUUAGAGAAGUGCGGCUCUGUCGGCUCUUACCGGAAACCACAGCCAUGUUUCCAACUCCUUCACACGAAAG